AUGUCAAAAUAAAAAGUAGAUUAUUUAGAUAAAUAUGAAGAGAUAAAAUAAAUUGGAUAAGGAACUUAAGGUAGUGCAAUUUUAAUUUUAAAUAAGAAAACAAAAAAACAAUACAUUGCAAAAUAAAUAAGCUUGAAUGGAAUAACAGAAAGAGAUAGCAAAUAAGCUUUUCAAGAAUUAAAAUUAUUAAAGCUAAUGAAGCAUCCUAAUAUAGUUAAAUUCAUAGAAAGCUAUUUAGAAAAAGAAAGAAUUAUUAUAAUUAUGGAAUAUUGCGAAUUAGGAGAUUUGUAAAAACUAAUAAAAGAAAAAGAUUAAAAUAAAUAAACUUUUAAUGAAAAUCAAAUUUGGCAUUGGUUUAUUGACUUAGCUUAAGCUCUUAAAUUUAUUCACUAAAAAAGAGUUCUUCAUAGGGAUAUAAAAUCAAGCAAUAUUUUUAUAACAAAGAAUAAUAGAGUUAAAAUAGGUGACUUCGGAAUUUCUAAAUAACUUAGUAGUACUUUCGAGCAUGCUAAUUCAUUAGUUGGUACCCCUUAUUAUUUAUCUCCUGAAAUUUGUUAAAAUAAGCCUUAUACUUAUAAAUCAGAUAUAUGGGCAUUAGGAUGUAUUAUUUUUGAAUUAUGUGCAUUAAAACCUCCAUUUUAGUCAAAUAGCUUAAUGAGUUUGAUAAGUAUAAUAGUAAAUGAAUAACCUGCUAAAAUAUCUUAUGCUUAUUCAUAGAGUCUUUAAAAUUUUAUAAAAUCUAUGUUAAAGAAAGUCCCAGAAUAAAGACCUUCAGCUAAUGAUAUAUUAAAAAAUUAAAUAAUUUAAAACACAAUGGAAUAAUUUUUGUUUUAAAACAAUAAAUAAUAUUAAUAAAAAAAAUAAACUAAAUAAUCGAAUGUUAAUAGUAAUGAAUAAACCAAACCUUAAAUUUAAACUUAAUUAACCGACACAUUACUUAGUGAAACAAUUAGAUCUUAAGAAUAUAAUAGCGAUUAAGAAGAUUAAUAAUUUAAUAAUGAAUUUGAUUUUAAUUAAUAAACAUAAGUAUCUAUGUUUAUAGAAGGGUAUUUAUAAUUUUUUAUUUUUAUUUUUUAAUAUUUUUUUUUUUAGAAAUAAUAUCAAAGAUAAUGUUAAUAUUUUAUAUAUUAUUAUUAUUUGUAAUAUUAUUAUUUUAUUCAUAAAAAAAGAAAAUGA